AUGCCAGUUCAGGAACUGGAUUCUGGUGUUGCAUCCGAAGAAGAGUUUCAUUCCUUGGCCGAUGUGACAUGCAACUGUGAACUGUGUCACGCACGGCUCUAUGUUUCCUCCAAACAAAAUGUCAUAGAGGACAGCCUACUGGAUCACUCGGAUGCGUUCCAUUUGCUGCCAUCACCAAAAUCUGGUACGCCAAAUCCACCCCAGUUCCCCGCACCUAUUUUCUAUCCAUGGUCUUGUCCAAUGCCUGUAUACACAGACAUGUCACCAUUCGCAUGCGGCAGUUUCAACAAGUGUUUUUGUCCGAAUGGGAACAAAAUCAAUCCGGACAUGGCUGGCCAUAUGAAUCCCAUAUGUGAAUUUCCUUGUAGACCAAAUGUCGGACUACUGGCGUUUGACCAAGAGGGCGAUGUUAGUAGUGCUUGCACAGUACCCCAAGUAUACAUAUCUAAAGAUUGUGUGUUGCACAUACGGCUUUCGGCCUAUGUUUCUUUUGAACGGUCCGUAUCAGCCUAUCGUCUAAUCAACUAUCGAAACAAUUCUGCGUUGGCAUUGAAUGAGAGUGGAGAGUACGGAUAUGCCUACCAUUACAAUUGUCGUGGUCUCAUUAAUAUGCAUCAUGGAAAGCUCUCGAUAACAUUUGACAAAGAUCGUCAGGUGCUGCUGCGGACCGAGAAGCCAAGUUUUGUUAAAAAGGAAAUGGAAUUCUACAGACUGACAUCACAUCACUGGACCGCGUGUAGGCCAGUGUCGAUGGACACGUUUGAUCGCGACCGAACCCCGGAAAUUUUGAAGAAAAUCGGGAUUGAAAAAUCACUCGAUGAUGCAAAGUUACGAGAGCUGGUCAGUUCUUCUGCAGUGCACAAAACCGGUUGCGGUCUUGUCAUAUACUUAGGUGACGCAAAAAUCGAACAGAAGGUCAACGGGGAUGUUGUACUGAGUUGGUUCUACGAAGAUAGAGCGAACUCACUCAUCGUUUCCCCGUUGUCUGGCAGCUUCAGUCUCUCAACCAAGAACCUGGAAAUUAUGGCCACCCCUAGGUCCGAUAUUUACAUUGCAUUCGGCGAUUUCUUCGUCCAUGUUGGAAGUCAACAAAUGACCGUGAGCAGUGGCGCCGUGGCUGGAAGAUGCAAUUUCACCAAAAGUCAUCCUUGUCUACUGAAGCUGACAAGUACUAUCGUGGAAAAUCAGGCGGUUGACCUACGUCAGUACUGUGCCUACUCACAGUCAGUGGGGCAAACCGGGCCCACUCCAACUGGCAACCAUCAUCGACGACAGACCCCAAUCACUUCGUCCGCUUUCAGUGGAAAUGUCGCAAGCUCGUACUGUUCGAUCAGUCAGACGAAUCGGAAUAUCUCUCCUGCUAGUCAAACCUCCGCUUCGGGUGAAACAACGAGCGACAAAAGGAAUGACAACACAUGUUCAAGCAGUUCCAAAGAAACCCACAUCACAAACGUGAAGAGUGAAACCAGUAUACUGACAGGUCCUAAAUCUGCUCAGCCAACCGAACGUGGGUGA